CAAGCCGUGCUGACGCGUCUCCCCUCACCGUCGCUUUUCGGGAGCGACAUCGACCCCGUCCUGCUCGCGGCCGCGUACCAGACGCGCAGUCGCUUUCGCUUCGCGCUCACUGAUCCUAAAAAGCAAAGAUUUGAAGUCCCCCAUGAGAACGUGGGACCUUUCAGUGGUCCGGCAGCUUCCAACUUAAAAUAUAAAGUUGAUGUCCAGCAAAAUCCCUUUGGCAUCAAGGUGACCAGAGCAAGCAACGGAAAAGUUUUGUUCGAUACCACCAUCGGCCCGCUGCUGUACGCCGAGCAGUUUUUACAGCUCUCCAUCAAACUCCCCAGCAGCAACGUCUACGGGGUGGGCGAGCACGUGCAUAAGCAAUACCAACACGACGUCAGAUGGAAAACCUGGCCCAUAUUCAGCAGAGACGCCGCCCCUUCGGCAAACAUGGAUAACUUAUACGGCGUUCAGACUUUCUUCUUGUGUUUGGAAGACAACACCGGAGCCUCUCUUGGUGUUUUCUUGAUGAAUAGCAACGCGAUGGAGUUCGCCCUGCAGCCGGCGCCGGCUGUCACUUACAGGACAACUGGUGGAAUUCUUGAUUUUUAUGUCUUCUUGGGAGACACCCCCGAGCAAGUAGUGCAGGAGUACGUGAAGUUCAUAGGGUUGCCGGCGUUGCCCUCCUACUGGACUCUGGGGUUUCACCUCAGCCGCUACGAUUACGGCUCCCUCGAUGCGGUGAAGGCUGUUGUGGAGCGGAACAGGGCAAUCGGACUCCCUUACGAUGUUCAGUACACGGAUAUCGACUACAUGGAAGGGAGGAAAGAUUUUACUUAUGACAAAGUGAACUUCAAAGACCUUCCCAGUUUUCAAACUUAUAUGCAUGACUAUGGGCAAAAAUACAUUAUCAUACUGGAUCCUGCUAUUAGCACAGAGGCUCUCGCUGAUGGUUCUUCCUACCAAGCCUAUGAGAGGGGACAGAGCAAGAAAGUUUGGGUUAAUGAAUCGGACGGAGUAACACCGUUAGUUGGAGAGGUGUGGCCGGGAAGAACCGUCUUCCCAGACUUCACCAACCCCGACUGCACCAGCUGGUGGACGGAGGAAUGCAAAAUAUUUUAUAACCAAGUGCCCUAUGACGGGAUCUGGAUUGAUAUGAAUGAAGUCGCCAACUUUGUUCAAGGCUCAAGUAAUGGCUGUGAGCAGAAUGAAUUAAACUAUCCUCCUUUCACACCCCACGUUGUCGAUCGGCUCUUGUAUUCCAAGACUCUCUGUAUGGACGCAGUGCAGAAGUGGGGGCGACACUAUGAUGUUCACAACCUCUUUGGAUACUCUAUGACCCUCUCAACACAACGAGCCAUUGAAACUUUGUUUCCUGGAAAACGAAGCUUCCUUCUUUCGAGGUCUACUUUUGCGGGAUCGGGAAAGUACGCCGGACACUGGCUGGGCGAUAACGCAGCAACGUGGGACCACAUAAAGUGGGCGAUACCGGGAAUGCUGGAAUUCGGCCUCUUUGGAAUCCCUUAUGUCGGAGCAGACAUUUGUGGUUUCUAUGAAAACGUCACGGAAGAACUUUGCAGACGGUGGAUGCAAGUGGGAGCGUUUUACCCGUUUUCCAGGAAUCACAAUACUAAAAAAUGCACACCCCAGGAUCCAGCCGCAUUCGGAGCUGACUCCGUUUUGGUGAAAUCCUCAAAGCACUACUUGAAUAUCCGCUACACGUUGCUGCCCUACCUGUAUACACUCUUUUACAAAGCUCAUACUCAAGGAGACACAGUGGCACGGCCAGUUCUCCACGAGUUUUAUUCUGAUGAAGCGACGUGGAGCGUGGAUAAGCAGUUCUUGUGGGGUCCUGGGCUCCUCAUUACCCCCGUGCUCGAUCCGGGGGUGGACAUCGUCCAGGCAUAUGUCCCUGACGCCGUCUGGUACGACUAUGAUUCGGGUGCAAAAAUCUGGCUGAGAAAACAGUGGACGCAGAUGUACCUUCCUGCAGACAAAAUGGGGCUUCACUUGAGAGGAGGCUACGUCUUCCCUUUCCAGCAGCCGGCCACCACGACAGUGGCGAGCCGUAAGAAUCCGAUGGGACUUAUCAUCGCACUGGACGACAAUAACGAAGCAGCGGGGGAGUUAUUCUGGGAUGAUGGAGAAUCAACAGGUGAGCCUUUAUCCGCGUCGUAG